AUGGCAACAAGCGACGCCAAACAUUGGCACAUGAGUAUGCUAUAUAGCAUGGGUUGUAAUGAAGUGAAACAAGAAUGGCUUUGAGUUCAGAUUUAAAAUGAUUGCAUAAAACCAAACAGAAUUUAAACAUUUGACUAAUUUAAAUUAUUAAUUAUAAAUAACUCUCACAGUUUUUAUUCUGUAAAGUGUUAUUACUUGCCAUUCUUAGAAAUCAUACCAAACAUGAGCAUAAUUUAUGAAGACCUUGAACCAGGUGUAAUUGAUACAGUAAUGAUAAUGAAAGCAUUGGAAAAUGAAAGACCAACAGGAGAAGCAGGCAGAUUGGCAGCAGAGGAAGGAAUUAUACUUCAAGAGGUUACAAGCCUCAGACUUCAGUUCUUAAAUAUCUUGAAGAUAGAUCAUUUGUGGAUGAUGACAUCAUUGGUGGAACUCCAACUUGGGAAUAACAUUAUUGAGAAAAUUGAAGGUUUGAACUCACUGGUGAAUUUAAAGGAACUUGACCUGUCCUUCAACAGCAUUAAAGUUAUUGAAAAUUUGGAAAAACUUGUAAAACUUGAAGUAUUAACAUUAUUUGAAAACAGAAUCAGUAAACUUGAGAACAUGGAAAAUCUUGUUAACCUGAUGAUCUUCAGUAUUGGAAAUAACCAAAUCAAAAGCCGUAAUGAUGUGAUUUAUUUACGUCAAUUUCCUUGUCUCCGCUCAUUGAAUAUGGCAGGGAACCCUUGUGUAGAAAAUGGAGAUAAGGAUUUUCAAGAAUAUAUUUGUGCCUUCUUGCCAAAGCUGACAUACUAUGAGUACCAUAUCAUUUCAGCAGAAGAACGAGCAACUGCAGAGAUAAGCUAUAGGACCAUUCUAAAACGAUUAGAAGAGACUGAGGAAAAAGAAAGACAAAGCAGAAUGGAGGCUGAAGCUCGAGCUAAGGAAAUGGCAUUCCAUGCUGAAGCCUUUGUUGAGAACUUAGACAGAGACCAGCUAUUCAAUGCCAUGUUUGAAAAUGAUGCUAAUGGCAAGACACUCUUGACAAUGGGAGAGGCAGCAAUGGAUGUUUACAAUAAGUUUCAUGAUGAAACAAUGAAAGUUAUCCAUCAGCUUUUCAAAUUAGGACUGGAGCAACAUGAAAUUCGACAGGAAGAAAUAAGACAAUAUUUUAAGUGUGUGGAUGCUGCUAAAGAGGAAAAUAAAAUUUCAAGUCAGCAGUAUAUAGAAAGCUUUCUUAAGAGAAAAGAUGAAGUUUUUCUGGAUAUUCACAACAUCUUGCAAGCUGUAGAUAAACUAGCAGACACAGAAGAAACUUCUGAUAAGGGAGAAUACAUUUCCAGACUGCAGAUCUUGUUUGACCAAUUUAAUGAUGAACGCCAAGCAGCUUGGUAUAAACUUAUGGCUAAGGAACUCACACUAUAUGAGCAAUUAGAGGAGACAAAUGGAAACUUUGGACAGAAUAUAAAUGACUUGGUAUCUACCUUCACCGAGGAAGCACAAUCUUUUUUUGCCCAGAUUCGAAAUCUGGAAGCUAGCUACAAUGAAGAAAUGUCAGAGGUUGCCAAUGCAUACCUUACUAAUUUAAACAUUACAACAGUUCCAGUAUCUCCAGAGCUGAAGCAGAUAAUGGUCAACAAAGAAUCACUGAAUGGUGCUACAACACAAUCACAUGAUUUCCGUCUUCAUACCAUUGAUAACCGGGAGACUCAACUGCUGACAAGAAUUCACGAGUGGGUCAAAGAGUACUGUGAUGAAAUCACUAUAGGAGAAACUCGAAACUCUCGUAAGAAAGUGAUAGAGAUAAAUCACUUCCUAGACAUCCAGAGAGAAGAGUCUGAAGAUCUUCAGGCUUCAUCCUUGAUUGCUAUGACAUCCCUGCUGCCUGCUGAAACAGUAGAAAGCUCAGGACCUCAGACUGCAGUUCCUCAAGACACAAAAGAAGAAGGUGAAGAUGCUACAACUACUGAUACUGAACCACCAGAGUCCUCAGCCACUGAAGAAGAGGGUGAAGAUACUGCUGAUACUGUACCAUGUGAAUCCUCAACUGAAUCUACUGCAGCAUCCUAAACUAAAGAUGAAAGUGACAGAGAAAGUGAAAAGCCACCUCACUGAACACCUCAACCGUAAACAGGGUUUCAUAUAUCCAGAAAAAUUAAAAUGCAAAUAUGAAAUAUUUCAUAUUUUCACAGUUCUAAAAUAAUAUCCAGGCACUUUACAACUUUGGUUUUCUCUAAAUAAUUAUAAAUGUAAUUCAGCAUUCUAUACAUCACUAAGUAAAAACAUUACAUUUUAUGACA